UAUGGAGGAUGUGAUUGGCCAAGGUCAAAACGAAACUUUCUGAUCUGAAGGUAAAACUGCUUUGUGUUCUCACCAGCUACACAGUGAAACAUGGUGGCGGCAGCAUCAUGAUGACAGAAUGCUUUUUGGCCAGGGAGAGGAAAGUUGGUCAAAGUUGAAGGGAAAUUGGGAAAACAACAUAAUAUUACAAAUACUUUUAAUGGUAAAGAAAAAGUAAAGAGUUAAUGGCAGCAGCAACCCCUUUAGUGACAUCAUGUAGGAGAAAAUCCAGCAGUUUCAAUGAACGACAGCACACACAAUUAAGUGCAGCAAUAGCUCCUUCAACAGUUUUGUCCAAGAGAGAGAUGGGAUUAAACAGAGAAAGACAAAGACAGAUGGAUCAUCUAUAGGGAGGGGGCAUAAAGUCAUUGGCCCUCCAGGAACACCAGAGCACAUGUAGCUUCUGCUGUUGACAUUUCGUGCUGUAAUGUGAUGAAAUUUAGAAAGAAACUGGACUGCAGUUUAUGUGCUGCACUUGUCCUGCAUCGAACAUGACAAAGGUUACAUUCAGGCCACUGUGUCACUCCAAUCAGUCACGUGACAAAUACACUUGUUUGUGUACAACACCGUGAUGUCUUUGUCUUGCACGCAUGUCCGUGUGCUGGGAGAAUUCUAUAUGGAUGUGAAAGUGCUGAUGGGCCUCUGCUGAAAAAAAAAUAUCCCCUUUUUCUCAGCUGCAGUAAAGCUCAAAGCUACAGGAGAACUAUCCAGCGCUCUGCUUUUGUUGUGACACUAACUCAUUGUCGCUGGAGGAUUGCUAUUGUGCUUGUGUGUGGGAACUGUACCUGUUUGCGUACAUUUUGGUGCUGCUUGCUAUAAAUAGUCCCCGCUUGUGGCUCGGUUGGUGAUUCUGUGGGAGACGAUGGCUGCACCAGGACCUCCUCUGCUCUGGUUUCUGUCCCUGUUGCUGCUGCUGCUUUCAAGCAAGGCAUCCCUGCCUGCGGCUGCAUACACGCUCAUCCCAGCACAACAGCCACAACACAAAGUCCUCCAGCUGGACUGGCCACAGGAUUGUGGCAUGCCCCACUUCAAGCCAAACAUGAUUGAGAGGAUUGUCUCUGGAAAUGAGGCCAGACCUCACUCCUGGCCCUGGCAGGUCUCUCUGCAGGUUCGACCCAGAGGAAGUAAACACUACAUUCAUGUCUGUGGAGGAACUCUCAUCCAUAAGAACUGGGUGCUAACUGCAGCUCACUGCUUCCAGAAAGGAAAAGCGGAGGAUCCAGGGAGCUGGAGGAUUGUCCUUGGGAAGCACCAGCUGAAACGCUCAGAGUCUGCAGAGAGGAUUUUCCCCAUCAAGAGGAUCUACCGGCACGAGAACUUCCGCUAUCCUACUCACAGCGAGCUGGACUACGACAUCGCGCUGGUGAAAGCCGGCACGGACAUCCUGCCUUCAAACUUCAUCCGCUAUGCCUGCCUGCCGCGCAAGCACAGCCCCCUCAAACCGGGGCACUACUGCUGGGUGACGGGCUGGGGAGACACCAGAGGUGGGAAGGAGAACGUCUCCCUGGCAGAAGCGCUGAAUCAAGCCCGUCUGCCCAUCAUCGACUUCAAAACUUGUAAGCAGAAGAAGUUCUGGGGCGACCGUGUCCGGGACUCCAUGAUCUGUGCCGGGUUCAGGGACACAGAGGGCCCACCUGCAGCAUGUCAGGGCGACUCAGGUGGUCCUCUGCUGUGCCAGCUUGGCCGUGAUCGCUGGGAGGUGCACGGCGUGGUGAGCUUUGGCCCCAUCGGCUGCACCGUGGAGAACAAACCCAGCGUCUUCACCCGCACCACGGCCUACAUCCCCUGGAUAGAGGCGACCCGCAUCAGGGACUUCUUCCUGCACUGAGAGGGCCCUGCUGACUCAGCAAACCUAACCUCUGCUCCCUUACACCAUUCCUUUUUCCUUCACUACAUUGUGAAGCAAACACUUCACAAUGUAAAUAUGACCUUUAAACGUGCAGCUAGUUUUCAUUUAUGCACAUCGGCAUUUACAAGUUACUUUCUGCAAUAAAAGUGAUAAAAAGCUGAA